CCGCUGUGGGAGACGUCGCAACGCUACUUCGCCCCCUUUCGCGCAUCGUCUGCAUAAACUCGUUUGUUUUGGUCGCUGUGGGACGUAUUGUUUCAUCACUGCAUGCCCAUAGAGAACGUCAUUUGUGUGUGUGGCGAUCGCUGAUGAUCUCGAAGUCGCUCGCUGUGUUCGUGUUCGGCAACUCCGGUCGCUGUGCGCGUUGACCAAGCUUGCAGCAAGAGCUCGCCACCGCUGCGAAACGGUUCAAUCUUCGUCGAGCGUCACGAUUUUACACAUGUAGCAGGCGUAGUGUUGUAUUCGCCUGUGCCGUACACCGUGUUUCAUCCCGCAGCGCGGCUUUAUUUUGCCCAGAAUGUGGCCGAAUGCUUUAAUACGGGGAUAUUUCUGCCUUACAGAUAUCAAUCCGGCACUAGGCAUGGCCUUCCUGCGUGGAUUUCUGGACAACCUGAGGUCCAAUCGCAUGGAGCCAGAGCCUAACAAGGUGCUGGAAGUGAAACCAGACGAGUAUGCCCUCUGCAACAUCCUUGCCCGUGAAGACUCGCUGGUGGUCUACCAGUACCCGCCCAGCACGCCCGUUACCGAGGAUUCAGUCUCGUAUGAUGUGGUGCUUCACAAAGACAUCACACGUUCCCCUCACGCAGCUUUCAGCCUUCUGCGUACCAAGGACCAAGUGGCGGCCGAGAUGUGCUUCAUGCUGCUUAAGGACAAGCUGCCCCUGAUGCUGGAGUGUGUGCCUGACCUGCUCACCAAGGAGCUGGUGCAGGAGGUGGUGCAACUGGUGCGCUCCAACCCCACCUGGAACCUGGCCCACCUGGCUGCCCACCUUGGACUCGUCGACUGCUUCAAGAACACUCGGGUGGCCGCGCAAAUAUCAGAGCCUGCCCAGGACACCAUGGCCACACCCCUCCACGUAGCAGUGCGUGCCCAGAAGCUCAACUCUGUCCAAGCUCUCAUGGCCAUGGAUGCUCCACUCCAUCUGACCGACCACAAUGGUGACACCAUCUACCAUGCUGCGGCUGUCACCACCAAGGAGCUCAUCAAGGCACUGGGCUCCAGGCCUGCCCCAGUUGCUGUCAUCAACCAGGUCAACAAUGAUGGCUACACCCCUCUCCAGCUGGCAUGUCUCACAGACAAGCCAGAGUGUGUCCGCGAGCUACUUAAAGAGGGAGCAGAUGUGAACUCUGCGUCUGUUAACCUGGCCGAUCGAAACAACAGCACCUGCCUAGGAAGAGACAACGUUGAGCAGAAUGUGCACAACUUCCAGAUUGAGGACAUGAAGCAUGGUGGCACUCCACUCCACUGGGCCAAAACCACACAGUGCCUGGAGACCAUGAUCGACCUUGGCUGUGAUCUGGAUGCCAAGAACUUCCAGGGGAACACUGCCUUGCACAUCAUGGUUGCCAGAGGUCGGCUAAGCUGCGUCAUCAGCCUGCUCAGCCAUGGUGCCAAUGUCAACGCCAUCGGGAGUGAUGGUGACUCGCCUCUGCAUGUAGCCGUGAGGGUGGCGGUCCCCAACCAUGAAAACUGGUCUAUAUUUCUCGAGCAGGUCGUUAAGGGCAACAAGAAGGCUCGUCAAAAGGCCGAGCCUCCUAAGAGCGACGUGUCACUGAUACACGCACUGAUCGUGUUUGGGGCGGACGUGAACCAGCGGAAUCAGAAGGGCGAGACGGCACGACACCUAGCAUCUGUGUCAAAACUGGGCAAAAGGGAUGCUGUGCUGUACACGCUGCAUGCAGUUGGGGCACAGCGUUGCGAGCAAGAUCGCAGCUGCUGUGAUGGCUGCAACCCCACGGGCACCUUCGACGGUGCCCCGCCCGACAAGCCAGACUUCCUGCGGACAGCUCGCUUGUACGACGAGUUGAUGGGAGCGUCAAUUGUGCGAGAGGCGGUGCAGCGACGACUGCAGGAACGGCGUGAGGGACGACCACAGCCGCGCAGUCGCGUGCUAUGUCUAGACGGAGGUGGCAUCCGUGGCCUCAUCAUCAUCCAGAUGCUGGUUGCUCUGGAGGCCAUCAUUGGGCAGCCAAUCCUGGACUGCUUUGACUGGGUGGCCGGCACCAGCACGGGAGGAGUCCUGGCACUUCUGUUGGCACGGGGCAAAACACCCCGUCAGUGCCUUCAGCUCUACUUUAGCCUUAAAGAUAAGGUGUUCACGGGUACACGACCGCAUGAUGCCGACUCUUUAGAAAAAUUUCUCCAGCGUGAGCUGGGCGAGGACACCGUGAUGACAGACAUCAAGCACCCCAAGUUGAUGAUCACUGGCGUGCUUGCGGACCGACAUCCGGCAGCGCUGCACCUCUUCCGCAACUAUGAUUCACCAAAGAAGAUCCUUGGAGUUGCAGAGGACGAGUCUGAGUUUCCGUCAUGCACGCCGCCAAAUGAGCAGCUGGUGUGGCGAGCGGCACGAGCGUCGGGGGCAGCGCCCACCUAUUUCCGGCCAUUUGGGCGCUUUCUCGACGGUGGGCUCAUCUCCAACAACCCGACCUUGGACGCCAUGACGGAAAUCUGCGAGUACAACGAGGCCCUCAAGGCGACGGGCCAGGCGAACAAGGUGCGACCCUUGGGUGUCAUCGUGUCGCUGGGCACUGGCAAAGUACCUGUGGUGCCAGUGACGGUCAUUGACAUGCUCCACAUGGGCACAGGCAUCCUGGGUGCUGCCAAGAUGGCCUUCGGAGCUAAGGCACUCGGACAGCUCAUCAUCGACCAGGCCACACAAGCCAAUGGCCGGCUCGUUGACCGGGCACAGGCCUGGUGCCACACAAUCAACGUGCCCUACUUCCGCCUCAACGCCCCCAUAUCCGCGGAUGUGUGCCUCAAUGAGACCGACAACAAACUGCUUGUUCGGGUGCUCUGGGAGACUCUAGUCUACAUGCGAGCUCGUCGCGCCGAACUCGAUGAACUCGCUGAGCUUCUUCGGCCCUGAGCGACUUGGGGCAAUGGAUGCUCAAAAUCCUGUUCCAUCACAUGAUGCCACCACCUCUGGCCCUAGGCCAGCCACCUGACACGGCUUGUGCAGAUCAGAAGGGGUAGUGUGAUGCUUCUGGCCUUUCCAUCCUGAGCAUCACCGAUAUGUGGCUGCUAAGCAGUCAGCUAAGGCUGGGUGCCACUUGGGCUGUUGUUUCAAAUUAUGUCGAUUUAUUGUUUGUUAUAUAAUUAUAUAGAAGGAUUAACAAAUUCUUCAUUUAUUUUCCCGUGGUGUAAUAGGCACGUAGUCAGAAACAAUAUUUUUUUUUUCUAAAUCAACCACUCAGUUCUAUGUAUACUGAAAGGCCUUGCCUGUAUUUAUGUUUGCUCUCAAGUGUCCUUGAUGGCCACAUGUAAAAUUCUACAGAAUUCCAUGUCCGAGUGCUUGUUUACAGAAUGCUCUCAGAUUUUCGUAAUUUAUGUACCCCAUACAAUUUUUUAAAACUUGCGCAUUUAAAGCUUGCGCACCCUCUAUGUGCUAGUGAAUUUUGCAUAUGAGUUGACAUGUAGCUUGAAUUUGCUAUCACUGUUCAGUACAGUUGAAGGUUCUUGGGACUAGCAUCUUUUAAUGUGCCUCAGUAGACUAAACAGAUUCUUUGCAUUAUUUAUUUACAAAAAUAAAACCAGGUUUGAUGCAGUAAGCCUGCUGUGAAGUUGCUUAUUGCAUUGUCUUCUUCUUUGUACCUCAUGGCUAACUCCGGCCAAAAAUCCGAUUUGCAUAAAAAGUGCACAUCUGCAAAUAUUGCUGGGCAAAGGAUUUGCUGUGCAAAGCAUGUGCUGUCUGCAACAAUUUGCUGUCAGUGUUGAAUGAAAAAAAAGCACAGAUUCAAUCUACUUUAGCGCACUCAAUACUCUCAAGCUGUGACGAGCUAAUGUUCUAGAUUGCUAUAUGACUGCCUUAUGUGAUUUGCAUUCUAUCUAGCAGUACAGAACCAGCAUUGAGCUUCUGUUGCUACUGUGGGUGUGUUUCAAGCUAAGUAGUUGCCAUGCCAUGAGGUUUGACAACUCCUGCAAGCUGCUGUAAUGAUAAGGUUGGAUGUGAUGGCGUGAGUGUUCAGAUGAACACAGUUGGAGGAGGAUUCAGACUUUUUUUUUAUUUCAAGAAACUUUUUAUGAUAUAGCAAAGUCCCUCCACACACAUUAGAACCGAGCUUAUGUUUUUCAACGCAUGCCUUUGUUUCAGCAUGAAAAGUCUUUAACUGAGACAAGGUGGAAAGCUUGCCAUUCUUGUUUGUCUGGCGGGCUUGUGCAGACAGCUGAGCGUGUCUUAUUUUCAUAAAGUUGCGUAAAGUAGGCUUACAAAUUGUGAAAGCAUAGAAUUUUUUAAAAGUUAGAACAUUGUGCAACUACAUAAGCCACAUUUCCCACCUUAUCUCAGCUAAGAUCUUUCUUGUGCUGAAACAAAGGCACAAACUUAAAAAAUGUGGUUCCGAUUUGUGGAGGGAUUUUCUAUGUCACAUAAAAAUUUUGUUGAAAUAAAAAAAUAACCGGAACCCCCUCCAACUGUCCUUACUUGAACACACCCAGUGGACACUGCGCCUGAGAUGCAAUCAGCCAUGGGAGCUUUCUGAGCUUUGACUAGUUGUUAUACAUGUGGAGUGAGAAUGACUUGCAUCACAUUGCAACACAUUUGUUCCAGAAUCACGAAAUAUGGUGACUUGCGCCUCACGCCGAGUACACCACAGAUCAGACAUGGCUCACUGCCUUGUUUCACUUCGGAUAUUAUCAUGACCAGAUGCAAGCACUUCAACUAGAGUGCAAGGCGUCAGAUUGGCACAAGAAGUUAGUGACAGUAAACAACUCGGAGUGCUCAUUCAUUUUCUGCAAUGCAGGAACAAGGAACAAGCAGUUCGCAUCUAGUGAGUGAACUUUGGCCAUUGCUUAAGAUCUUGCAUACCAAGUUUCCGCGACAUUGUGAUGGCUGCUAGAAAGAAGUAAGGUAGCUAGCUGGCGAGUUGGUACAACUGCAUCUUCGCUUACAGCGCCGACGAACCAACAAGGACAAAGAAGAAAGGCGUAACAUGAGCGCCGACUCACGAUGCUGACUCAUGACUCUUUGUCCUCCCUGAUUCGUUCACGUUGUAAGUAAGUAAACAAAUUAGAAAGAAAACAAGUGCUGUACAAAACUGCCUUUCAGUAUUUUAUGCAUUUUAACAGCGUGGUCAGUAUAGUGUGCCCCACCAGUGCUGCUACGUAGAUGUAAGCAAAUUUUUUUUUACUGUGCUGCUAUUCUUGCCAUUCAGAGCGCACCCAUGUGACUACAGGGCACGCAUUGUUAGUUGCCUAAGCACAAACUGCACACCGUUACGACACCUCUUUCUAAAAUUGUGAAAAAUUCUGCCUUAGUUACUACUGUAUAACAACUUUCGACAAAUGGUCCUUGUACAUGCUGCCACUUGUGUAUGCCGAUUACAUAUAUGCUGCUAGGUCCAUCUUCACUUAGCUUGUUUGGUAUUCAUACCUCACGGACACUAGCGAGGUGUGUUUUUCUUGGAUAGCUCCGUCUGCUGACUCUCAAAUUUGCAGUUUUUCUUAUGUGAGCAGUGUCUGGCUGCCAGGCCUGCUAGGACUUUUAUUUUUACCUGGCAGUGUCUUGGAAGCACUGUGAGAGAUGGCAGCAUGUGUGCUCAGGUUUAGCGGAACUGCAACAUGCGCAACCAACUUGUGGGAGUAUUGACACAAACAUGAAAUCCUUAUGCAGUGUGGUUCCUCUGUAACAUGGUUGGUUAUCUCCAACAAAACAGUAAUGGCUAACGCUGCUCAAAACAUACAUAGUUUCGAAAGGCUGUGUGGCUACCACGGAUUCCAGCAGAUAUGGCAAGAACAGUUGUUGAAAUAUAAAUGCAUGUUCUUACAUAUGACUGUCCUUAUCUGUCUCCCAUCUGCCAGAGUCCGUGACAGCAAGAAGCUCAUGUCAAACUUCAGGCACCCUGCAACAUUGACAUCGUAUUGAACUUAUUCUGUGGUUCAGUCGAAGCCCACGAUGUUAGCAGGGAUUGCCAUCAUCACUGAUUGAGAUGUAUGCGUGCCUGUCAUUCUGCCCUUUCACUUUCCAUGUGGUGCUCCCUUCGAUUUACUGCACCAUGUGCGCCACCAGUAUCAGUGGAGAGCAUGAGGCUACAAAGGAGAUGCAUGAUUUUGGCAAGGUUGAAGGAUGGGCCUAGACACACAAACCACAAACAGUAGUGUAGGUAGUGACAUCUUGUGACAGUGUGAUCAAUUUUAACACAUUGGACACAUUACUGACCGGACUCUGAAUAAAAAAAAAAAGGCUACCCUUGAGACAGUUAUAACACUGCCAGCAUGUUUACACGAUCAGACGAGCAAAAUGACGGUCAUUUUAACAAGAUCAAUAAAAGCUUAAUAAAAGCAUCACAAGCUUAAUAAAACAGCGCGAGAGAAACCAAAGCAUGCGACAAGGGCUCUUUCUAUAUAUUUUUUGCACUAUCGUACUGAUGUACAACUUGUAUUAACUAAGCAGUAUUUUAUUUCAAGUUUCUGUUGUCAUUCUUGUCGUUAAUUACGUGGUCACUUUUCACGAACAUGCAUAAACCAUCUCCUGGGCAACAAAAAGCCCGUAUUUCCAGACCACACUUCAUUUCUUUCGCGUAAAAACCACAAUGUGCACAAAAGUUGAGAAAACACUUUGGUUGAACACAGCUUCAAGUGAUAGUAAUGCUUAUGUGGAAGUCUACACCUUUUUGUACUUCAGUACACACCUAUGCUAUGCUAAGUGUUUUUCGCAUAUAGUAUAUGGGAUAUUUUGCCAUUCAGGGUAUGAUCAGUUUGUGAAUUGUUGCGUCAUUGUUUGAGGCACUUUUAUAAAUUAUUAAUCCAGUACAUUGAAUGUGGUUGACUACACCCAGAAUUGUUACAUUUCAGACUGUUGAGAACAGAAAGAAAAAAAAAUUAACUUGCAUGAUGACGGCGAUGACACUGCAAUGACACGGCACAGCAUGUGUGACCAGCAGACGAAUUCUGCAUCUUGCACACCAUUAGUGCAUAUCGCCGAUUUACAGCUAAACACGACCACCAGUUGUGUUUGCAUCAACAUAGGUUUAGGCUAGCUACAUCCUGGUGAAUGUGGAACUUAUUUUGAAUCAAAGCCGGGUCGGUCACAAUGAUAAUCAUAGCUUUGGAGCAAGCAGGAACCUGUGAUUAUUCUGUCCACUGUUACUCGUAAAAGGGCGAGAGAUAGAUUCAGUGUCAGUAGUCCUUUGAAAGCUGUCCACAUUUAAAGGUGCUGUUCAGCAUGCUACAAUGAAGAACACUUGUACAGUUUUACCUUAAUUUUGAUGCCUCUUCUUACAUAUUUAUCAAGCACAUCGUGCUGCAUCUGCGUGUAGGACUGCAUUCGCACAGGUUAUCUAGCGGGCAGCUUGUCUUCACAAUUUAAUGAACUGUGUUGAGAGAUCACUCUUUGAUAGGAAGUGCCAUUACCUUGCAAGCGGAGCAUUUUUGCCAUUAAGAGGGUGGCAAGCAGGGAGCUUCUGCAAGCUCUAAGCAUGUGUGGCUAUUACAUUUGCCAAGCUGAGGGGGGGUGUCUUAAGCACCCUAUGUACUUGCAGGUGUGCUGGACUGCUUGCACUUGCGAUGCAUGGAAUGACCUACAUAUCCAUCGAAAAAAUUUACCUACCUUGAAAUGUAAGGGACCUCUUAUGCGCCAUAUAAAGCUUCUGUAACUUCAGCACAAUGGACUUCUAGCUAGCCUGUCCUCAAGCUUUGCAUUACUUCUGCUUUGGCUGGUGUGAUUGACAGACGCAGGGUCAUCAUGCAUGUAUAAUAGUGCAUGCAAGGCAUUUUCAUACGGUAAGAAAGACUUUACAUGUUCUAGUGUUACCAUGGCUCACUUCAUCUAAAGCAAUGGCCUCUUGCAUAAACAGCGCUGUGGCAGCGCUGUUUAGAUUGUGCCUCUUUACCUCACAUUGCUAUGCAGAUUGAGUGAACAUUUUGAUCAUGCAAUUAGUGUGCUGAAAUCUUGCGUAUGUAAUGUUGGCAAUUCAGAACAUACUAGUUAGCAAGGCUUUCAUGGGAACAUGUAAACGUCCGUGUGCUGCUAACACAUGGAAAUCUUGGUUGAAAUUUUCAGCUGUGAAUACAACUGUACUGUGAUAUGUGCUGCAGUGGCUUUUCAUCUGCUGGUGCUUAACUACAGAUGUUUUACAGCUGCAAAAUAUUUGUGGCCUAGCUUGAGCUGCAUGUUACUUUGUUAAUUUCAAGUUUCACACAAGCCUGUCUGUUAUUCCAUUGUAUGCACGUCCACACUUUGACCAUUUUUCUGGAUUCAUGCAUAGUUUUAUUCAUAUCAGGCACGUACAUAAAACCUAUAACACACACAAAGCAGUCGUGCAACAAUGAGUGUCUGCAAAUGCAACAAGAGUUGCUAGGCAUGUUUGCAAAGUGCAUAAUGUUGCAAAAGACACUGCACAGCAAAAUAAAGGUUUUGCUUACAAGAUAUACAGAGAGAGCAGAUUUGUUGGCUCCAUGAUAUGCUCGUUUAGAAAAAAUGUAGUUUACACAUUAAUGCAAUUUGUAAUGAAUACUUCAGAAAUGGCCAGGGUGGCGUGUGUUGUGAACAUUCUCUGCAUUUAUAUAAACAACCACGUGUGAUUAUAAGAUCAUAUUUUGUUAUAAACAGUGCUUUCUACACGCAGAAAGCAUGAUUUCAGUUGCUUUCGGUGUUGUGUUCAAUUCCUGUUUCGUUUACAAAAUGUUAUAUGUAGGUUGUGUGUGCAACCAUUGUUAUGGCUUUUAUGUUGUUUUUGUUUUUAUUUUAGUUGUAUUGUGUACCUUACAGCCACAGAAUUCUAGCCAAUAAAAACUAAGUGCUUUCACGUAUAA